GUUUUAGUGUGCACUUGUGCUAUCGAUAGUGAUUAUUAUCGAGCCACUGCCAGCUCUAUUGUUUACAAUUUCGAUGCACGUGCGAGCGCUGAAGUCAGAUUCUGUUUGAUUUUCUUUAUUUUGUGUAUAUAAAUAUAAUUUACAAACAUGCCGCCUAUAUCACAAGAAGGCAAUUGUCUAAUAUAUCGCGGCAGCAAUUUUCUAAAGCAGCGUCUUGUGUUGUCCUGUCUUAGCGGCAAGCCAGUAAAAAUUACACAAAUUCGCGUUGAUGAUGAGCAAGCACCCGGUUUACGUGAAUACGAGAUCAGUUUGAUACGCUUGCUAGACAAGCUGACGAAUGGCACCAAAAUUGAAUUGAAUCCAGCUGGCACCAGUGUCAUGUUCAGUCCCGGUCUUCUGCAUGGCGGUCCCCUGCAGCACGAUUGCUGCGUGCAGCGUGGCAUCGGCUACUUUUUGGAUGCACUGAUUGCACUAGGUCCAUUCUGCAAGUUCCCGCUGCAGUGCACACUACGUGGCGUGACAAACAGCAAAGAUUCACCGUCGGUAGAUCAUAUCAAAGGGGCUGCCCUGUCAUUGUUGAAGCGUUUCCUACUGGUUGAUGAGGGUCUGGAGCUGCGCGUUGUGCGCCGUGGUGUUGCCCCACUUGGUGGCGGCGAGGUAUACUUCAGCUGUCCCGUGCGCAAGAGUCUUCGCGCCAUACAAUUCCAGGAGCAGGGCAUGGUCAAGCGUGUUCGUGGCACUGUCUACGCCUGUAAGGUGUCACCGGCGAUGGCCAAUCGUACCGUGGAGUCGGCCAAGGGAUGCAUGCUCAAGUUUCUACCCGAUGUUUAUAUCUAUACAGAUCAAAAUCGUGGAAAAAUAUCAGGCAACUCACCCGGCUUUGGCAUCUGCUUGCUGGCCGAGACAACAGACGGUGUUUGCUUCGCUGCCGAUUGCAUCUCCAACACCAGGGAAGAGUCAGAUACGCCAUCUAUACCAGAAGACUUAGGACGAGAUGUGGCCAUGCGUCUGCUAGAUGAAAUCUAUCGCGGUGGCUGCUGUGAUGCUGCCUACCAAUGGCUGGCUGCUCUCUACAUGGCUCUCGGACAGAAGCACGUUUCCAAAUUCUUAACAGGCCCACUCUCUACAUAUACGGUGCACUUUUUACAGCAUCUGCGUGACUUCUUCUCAGUUACAUUUAAGCUGGAGAAUCCCGAUGCGGACGACGACGAUGAGGAUGAUGUACGUGGUGCGCAAAAGGUGCUCCUGACCUGCGUGGGUAUUGGCUACACAAACAUAAGCAAACGCGUUCUGUAAAUUGCUAUUACAAAUAAUUUAGAUACAAAUAAUAAAUCAAUACAUUUAUAUAAUAUACAACUUGAAAUGGUUCACAAUUCCCAACCGCUAUGUAGAGAAAUUAUUAUUGUGCAU